GUACAAUCCAUAUUCGAUUCGCAUAUUACUUCACCUUUUACUGUUCAACUUUUCCUCAAUUCCUUGAAAUAUGAAUUAGUUUAGUGGUUGGUCAUGAUAUAACAACAACCGUGGAACUGGAAUACGAACUAGAGUAAUUGGAGGAGUUGUGGGGAAAUAAUUGAAGAAUCAGUAUGAUUCUAAUGGCACAUAAAUGUUGGGGCUGUACAGAAUUCAGCAUCUUCUCUAGGUGGUAGCCGGUAGGUGGUUCCCAAGAGUUCGUUUUUGAGAUAAAGAUAUGGUCCCAUCAGCCCAUAUAAAGCAGCAAUUUGUGCAGUCACAGGAGUAGCUUAUGUGAAGAUGCAUAUACAAUAGCACAGCCUUUCUAUUAGUUUGUUCAGAUAUUGUUAGAACAGUUAGAUAGAUAGCGUACUAUCCCUGUACUAUAAAUACAGGUUGUUCAAGCUUUAUAUGAUAAUGAGAUCAUUUUCUUCUUUUUCAUCUUCUUCCGCUUAUCUCUGCUAAUAUGGUAUCAGAUGUUCAUCAUCCUUUCUGAAGUUUCCUGAUCUCAUUUCACCAUGGUUACUACUCGAUCUUCCUCUGAUGGUCUCGAAUCCACUCCGGAUCAUCUUGUAAAUCCAUCGAAUCCGCUGUAUCUACAUCCAAAUGAGAAUCCAACUCUAGUUCUUGUUUCAACUCUUCUUACCGAGAAGAACUAUCAUUCAUGGAAACAUCAAAUGCUCGCAAUGCUGGAAUCCAAAAACAAACACAAAUUUGUUGAUGGCUCAUUUCCUUCACCAUCCAUCAGCGAUCCUCUCUACGAGUCAUGGCGAAGGUGCAACCGAAUGGUUAUGGCAUGGCUCAUGAGAUCUAUGACUUCUCAGAUUGCAGAAUCAGUUGUAUACUUUGACACAGCAACUGCAAUUUGGAAGGAUCUUUCUGCUCGAUUUUCACAUGGCAACAUGUUUCGUAUUGCUGACCUAACUGAGGAGAUUCAACAAGUGCGUCAAGGAUCUCUUUCGGUAACUCAAUAUUUCACUAAACUUCAGACUUUAUGGAAAGAAUUAGAACAAUACCGCACUGUUUUAAUCUGUAAAUGUUCUCCCACUUGCUCUUGCGGAAUUUUGGAGAAAAUCAUUAAAGAACGAGAAGAUGAAUGUACAAUCAAAUUUCUUAGAGGCUUGAAUGAAGAUUUUGCUCACACCAGAUCACAGAUCAUGAUAAUUGCUCCUAUGCCUCCUUUAAGCAGAGUUUUUUCUCUAAUUCUGCAACAUGAAAGGGAAUUUGGAUCCAUUACUUCUCAGAAUAUUUUCAACACACCUUCAUGCAAUGCUGUAACUCAAAUUCCAUCCCAAAAUACUCAAUAUGCUAGAGGUUCCUCUAAUAUAAGAGGCAAUUUUCAGAAUAACCGUGGUGGUGGUAGGACUCCUUCCGGUGGAAGAGGCAGAGGGAACCGUUAUUGUGAACAAUGUGGAAGAACAAAUCACACAAAGGAUACAUGCUUUCAGAUAUAUGGCUAUCCUCCAGGCUAUAAAUCUAAAAACAACAACACUUCUGCUUCUUCAUCUGCAAAUAUGGCUACCCUUGAUCCUAAUGCAAACUCUCAGUUGACAAAUUCUGCAGAAAACAUCUUUGAAGAUGAUUGGACUAGCUAACAAGUUUCAAGGACUAUACUGUUUGCAUUCCAAAAAUAAUGUAGCUUUUUCUUCUUGUAAUGUUUCUGAUGUUAUUCCCAAUGUAAUCAAUAAAACUACAACAGGACACACAGUUCCUG